CAAGGCAGCAGUGCGUGUCCUGCUCCCCAGCCUCACCGAGCUCAGCACCCACCAUGGCUCUGCGUCUCCUCCUGCCGCUGCUCCUGCUGGCUGCUACCCUCCUCAUUGCCCAGGCUCAAGGCAUUGGCAGCUCAGCCUCAGACUGCUGCCUGAAGAACAGCCGGAAGGCUAUCCCCAGCAACUGGGUGAAGUCCUACAGCCUCCAAGGACCUGAGUCUGGAUGUUUGCUGCGUGCUGUCGUGUUUACCACCAAAAAGAGCAAGAAAAUCUGUGCCUCUCCCACCGACCCUGCUGUCCAGAAGCUGAUGCAGAACCUGGACAAGAAGGUCAAGAAUGACAAGCAGGCCAAGAAGAAGGGACAGUCCCCACGACCCAGGGGCAGACCCAAGCGGCAGAAGCGGCAGCGGGUCUAAGUCAGGCCUGAAGAGGACGGAUGCUUUCCCGACUGAUGACCGACCCACCACCCGGCAAUCGACAUCCACAGACCACCCACCCACCUGCCAGCCCCGGGGCGAGGAUGGGGCUGGCCGACGGGGCUGCCCUCUGCUCUGCAGCCCCCCUGGCACUGCCAUGCCUGCCGCAGAGAUCCCCCCAGCCAGGACCCCCUGGACCGGCUGGGUGCUCUCGGCGGCUGGGUAGCACCCAGGUCCUUGCUCGCCCCAUGGCCACGCCAGCAAGGAUCUGGACCGGCGUGGGAGUUGAGCUGAGGGGGAAGUGGGCACCAGAGGGGAUUUCUGUAGCCUGGCAGGAUGGCAGCUUUUUCUAUGACUUUUUUUUUGGGGGGGGGGGGGGGUAUACAUUUGUAUUUAUAUUUAAAGGCUGUGCUUUCAUUCAGUCUUCCUGGAAGGCUCUACUUCUGGCUCCUUGUGCUUCACAGAGUACCCUUUCUGCUGCAGGCUGGCUUUUCUGGAAGAUUGCUCUUAUUUUUCUACCAAAGAAAUGAUGGCUGCAGUUCAUUUCCCUCUCACCUGUUUGCUCCUUUUCAGCUUGCAGGGCUGUGGGUUGCCAGACAGAUCCCACGUCCCCAUGGUCCUGCCUGGGCUGCUUGCUGGGCGCUUCCUUGCAGGGCAAUUAAUAGCAGCUGAGAUGGGGAGUUUGGAGACAGCAGGGGUGACAGUGUGGCUGUAUAUCUGGGCUGUUCUAGGCUUUCCCUUCAGAUUUUAGAGCACUGUUGCAGUGUAGUUUGGAGGAAGAUAGUCAGGAUUUGUACCUCGGAUUGUUUAAUUUUUUUUAGGUACAAAAUUGCAAUGAAAUCAGAAGAAAUUGUUAAUUCUAGUGGAAUUUUACCCUUUUAUCUCCCUUGGUUUUGCUGUUAUCAGAGAUUCAGAUAUUAUUAAGCCAAACGCUUAGUUUUCUGGGAAAAAAAAGAAACCCUCAUAUACUUUCUUCCCACGUCUGAAAAGCCCACAUGGUGAAAACUGCACGUGAGGCUGUUCAGGUGGGGGAAUAGAAGACUUUGCAAAAUCCACUGCAGACACGCCGCAGCCGUUUGAGAGUAGCUCUAUUCCAAACCUUUAGUAAAAUGAGAAGUCAGUAACCCAAGGACACCAUUAGGUGAGACUGCAAGUAGCGGAGGGGACAGACCUCUGGGACAGGGCUAGCGGGGAAAUGGCAUCUCUCCUGUGCUUGCAAACCCCCACCAGCAUGCUGAGAAGGAGCAGGCUGAACAAUUCUACCGCAUCUGUAGUGCUGUCUGCUUGCGGAGACUUCAGACGUGGACUUUGGUCAGUAGAGGUCUAGUUAGUCAUAUAAUUGCAAUAAUAGGCUUUGCGGGGCUUAACAGUAUCAGCAAAGGCUGUGUGUUGGCUGGAGUAAAGCUUGUAGCUGAGUGUUUCUAUCAAGCACAUUUAUCUGGCUUGAGUGCUUUAUUAGGUGGGCAUUUAGGUCUAUUAUUUUAAGGCUGUGUAAAGAAACUGUGAAGUCCAAGAUACCAGCCCUGAGUACGGGACAAGUGCUGAGCUGGCUCUGUGCUGCUUUCUCCUCCACGUGGGAGCAUGUGGCUGUCUGCCAGAUCGGCUUUUGGACAGGAUGUGAGGCAAUAAAAUAUAUCCUUUACAACCAAAA